AUGCAACAUGAUAGGGCGAUGGGCGAAAUUAAACCUGGGAGAAAAUUAUGGGUUAUGAUAUAUAUAGUUCCAUGGUUUAUAUUAGGUUUUUUAACAGCGAUAUUUUUACGUAAUUCAUCAAAACAAUCCAAAAUCACAGCAUUAGAUCCGAAACCAAUAGGUUUUUCAUGGAGCUCAAUUCCAUGGAAGAUCAAUACUGAUAUCAAAGUCUCAAUUGACCCGACUUAUCAAAUUGUUUUUUCAGGACAACCAGAUCAACACGUACAAAAUGUAUAUAGAGCAGCAGUUAACAUCACCGAGCCAUAUUAUGCAAAAGUAGCAUCGUCAUGCCUUUCAAAUGACGGGUUUGUCGUUCAUUCAAACAAAGAAUAUCCGAAUAAUCACCCAUGGUUUCCGAAAUUCGAUUUGAAUAAGUAUCUUCAACAACCUAAGAAGUCUACUUACUAUCCUAGAGUCAUAUUUGCACCACAAACAGCAGAAAUGUCAGAUCAAUUCUUUAUUUCAAAUGUUUUCCCACUUUUAUUCUCAAUUCCCGAUAACAUACUUUCCUCAUCUGUUAUAGCAUUUACUAAGAUGGAUCCUGCUCUUAAAGAUUUCUUAAAAUCAAUAGAUUUCAAAUUAGAAAACACAGUAACGACAGAAAGCGGCAUAGUAUGUGCAGAAGAAGUAAUUAUUCCGAAAAUACCAGAGCCAAAUCAAGUAACUCAAGUUGCAAAUACAAUUAUGACAGAAUCAAUUUCAUUUUCCAAUACAGGACAAGUAGCCAUCCUUGUAACAAGCGAUGGCGAUCAGAAAUUAAGAAGGCGUGAUGCAAUUCAAAAUAAACUAGCAAACAGCGGAGAUUUCGUUCAAAGAUUCCAAAAGAGAUGGACAUUGACAGAUAAAGUUGCUGCUGUUGCUGGAUGUAAGGUAUUCAUUGGAUUUAACGGCGAACAAUCAAAUUUGGUCGCGUUUUUGCCAAAAGGAUCAAAAUUUAUCGAAAUUCAAAGAAAUAAUGUGGUUUCAAGAGCGGUUAUAUUGGCUAGAGCCAUUGGAAUUAAGACAUAUACUAUUUUUAUUCGUGAGGGAGACCCAAUUCCCGAUGAUAUUAUUGAUGUUAUUAAUAAUAUGAUCCAUGAUAGCUAA